AAGCUCCCGGAAUGAUUGCAUCUUGCUAGAUAAUCUACAAAAAGCCUCCCGCCACUCGUAGAAGGGAGAGGUUUGAGAAUGGCGUUAAGACUCUCAUCAGUGUCAUCCCUUUCUUGCUCGCGUUCCAAGCUCUCAACCUUCUUCUACACCUCAAGUUUGGCUCCCAAAUUUGCUUAUUCGCUUCAAUGGAGGUUUAGAUCAGCUGUUUUGAGGAGUAAUCGGAAUUCAUCAACUGUGGUCAAAUCCUGUGUGCAAUUGGAGGAUAAUAAUCCAUCGGAGACUAGUAUGGAUUGGGGGAAGGUAUCAGCAGUGUUGUUUGACAUGGACGGAGUGCUAUGUAACAGCGAAGAGCCGUCAAGAUUGGCCGGUGUGGAUUUGUUUGCUGAAAUGGAUGUGGAAGUAACAGUCGACGACUUCGUCCCUUUCAUGGGAACUGGUGAAGCCAACUUCUUAGGGGGUGUAGCUUCUGUAAAGGGGGUCAAAGGGUUUGACACUGAAGCGGCUAAGAAAAGAUUUUUUGAAAUAUAUCUGGACAAGUUUGCAAAGCCAAAUUCUGGUAUAGGAUUUCCUGGUGCACUUGAGCUUAUUACUCAGUGCAAGAGCAAGGGGCUCAAAGUUGCUGUUGCAUCAAGUGCAGAUCGCAUUAAAGUUGAUGCCAAUUUAGCAGCAGCUGGUUUACCAAUAUCCCUGUUUGAUGCAAUUGUUUCAGCAGAUGCUUUUGAGAAUUUGAAACCUGCUCCUGACAUUUUUUUAGCAGCAUCGAAGACCCUUGAUGUGCCGAUUAAUGAGUGCAUUGUGAUUGAAGAUGCCUUAGCUGGGGUUCAAGCUGCCAAAGCUGCAGAUAUGAGAUGCAUAGCUGUAACAACAACAUUGUCUGAGGAGAUUCUUGCAAAAGCUGGUCCAUCACUUAUUAGACAGAACAUAGGAAGUGUUUCACUGGAUGAUAUUCUCAGUGGUGGCCCUGGUUUCCAUAAUAAGAAACUUCAAGAUUCCAAAAAUGUUAGUCAGUCUUCACAAAUUUCACAAGGAAUCAUGGAGGGUAAAGAGAAUAGUUAUUACCCCGAUACUAGUUCAGAAAACACUGGGAUAUUCUCUAUUGGAAGGUUGCAAGGUUCUCGACGAGAGAUUGUAAGAUAUGGAAGCUUGGGUAUCGCUGUUUCUUGUCUUGCUUUCACCAUUACAAAUUGGAAGGCAAUGCAAUAUGCAUCUCCAAAGGCAAUAUGGAAUCUGCUGUUUAAAAUUAGCAAUCCCUCUUUUGAGCAAGAUAAAGGCACAUCCCGCUCUUCCAAAAUUCAACAAUUUGUGAACUAUAUAGCUGAUCUAGAGAACAGGAAUACUGCUUCUACAGUGCCAGAGUUCCCAUCAAAAUUGGACUGGCUAAAUAGUGCUCCACUUAUGUUGCGCAGGGAUCUGAAAGGAAAGGUGGUGGUUCUGGAUUUUUGGACCUACUGUUGUAUAAACUGCAUGCAUGUUUUACCCGACCUGGAAUUUUUGGAGAAGAAAUACAAAGAUAUGCCGUUUACUGUUGUUGGUGUGCAUUCUGCUAAGUUUGAUAACGAAAAAGACUUGGAUGCCAUUCGUAAUGCAGUACUACGCUAUGGAAUCAUUCACCCUGUUGUUAAUGAUGGAGAUAUGUACUUAUGGAGGGAGCUAGGAGUAAAUUCAUGGCCUACAUUUGUUGUGGUUGCGCCUAAUGGUAAAGUCAUAGCCCAAUUAUCAGGUGAAGGUCGUCGUAAGGAUCUUGAUGAUCUGGUGGAAGCGGCACUUCUCUACUAUGGAGAAAGGAGAAUGCUGGAUGACAAGCCAAUUCCUUUGAGUUUAGAGAAGGAAAAUGAUCCACGUUUGCUGACAUCACCCUUAAAAUUUCCUGGAAAGCUUGCAAUUGAUGAUGUCAAUGGCCGCCUUUUCAUUUCAGACAGUAACCACAAUCGAAUUGUUGUUACGGACCUAGAUGGGAAUUUUAUUAUCCAAAUUGGAAGCACUGGAGAGGAAGGGUUCACUGAUGGUAGCUUUGAGGAAGCCACCUUUAAUAGGCCACAGGGGUUAGCUUACAAUGCAAAGAAAAAUCUCGUUUAUGUAGCAGACACUGAAAACCAUGCUCUAAGGGUGAUAGAUUUUGUUGGUGAGACAGUUCGGACUCUUGCUGGAAAUGGAACUAAAGGUUCUGAUUACAGAGGUGGAGGGAAGGGUACUUACCAGCUUCUCAAUUCACCGUGGGAUGUCUGCUUUCAUCCUACAAAAGAGAUUGUUUACAUUGCAAUGGCUGGUCAGCAUCAAAUAUGGGAACAUAACACACUAGAUGGAGUGACCAUGACCUUUAGUGGUGAUGGCUAUGAGAGAAACAUGAACGGUUCGAGCUCUACAAACACGUCUUUUGCUCAGCCAUCUGGAAUUUCCUUGUCUCCUGGUUUAAAAGAGGCUUAUAUAGCUGACAGUGAGAGUAGCUCCAUUAGAGCACUUAAUCUUGAAACGGGCGGAUCUAGUUUAUUAGUUGGCGGUGAUCCAGUUUUCUCAGACAAUUUGUUUAGGUUUGGAGAUCAUGACGGAACAGGUUCUGAAGUGCUCCUUCAACAUCCACUAGGUGUCUUAUGUGGGAAAAAUGGUCAAAUCUAUAUUGCAGAUUCGUACAAUCACAAGAUCAAGAAGUUAGAUCCGGGUAGUAGGAGAGUGUCUACAGUAGCGGGUACUGGAAAAGCUGGUUUCAGAGAGGGAUCAGCUCUGGAGGCGCAGCUUUCAGAGCCAUCAGGAAUUGUUGAGUCAGGAAAUGGAAGACUAUAUAUAGCUGAUACAAACAACAGCAUAAUUAGAUACCUUGAUUUGAACAGUGACUCCUCUUCCUCCCAAAUAAAGACAUUGGAGCUGAAAGGAGUUCAGCCUCCCAUAUCAAAAGCCAAAUCAGUGAGGCGCCUUCGAAGGAGAACAUCAGCAGAUACUCUUAUAGUUAAGAGCGAUGGUCCUCCCUCAGAAGAAGGCAACAUAUCUCUUAGAAUAUCACUACCAGAAGGCUACCACUUUUCAAAGGAAGCAAACAGCAAAUUUAUGGUAGAUAUUGAAGCAGAAAGUCCAGUGAGUUUUGAUCCUAUGGAUGGAUUGCUGAGUACUGAAGGCAUUGCUUCACUUCAUUUCAAACGUUCAGCCCCUUUACCCUCCACUGGUAAAAUUAAUUGCAAGGUUUACUACUGUAAGGAGGACGAAGUUUGCUUAUAUCAAUCACUUGCAUUUGAAAUAUCAUUUCCAGAGGUCGUUCCUGAUUCUCCACCUGCAGAAAUUAGGGUUCCUUAUCUUGUUAAGCCCAAAACAUCCACAGACACCUUUCCACUCAAUCCUGUAAAUCAAAAGUGAGUCACUUCUUAACAUUUGGCUGUCAUUAAAUGCUUAGAGAGACUGUUUUGUAUAACUUCUGAAAUUUACAAUUAUUAUUUACUGACUAAUUGAGCUGUGUAAAAAAAAUUGAACGACUCUGCUGGGGAUCGAACCCAGAAUCUCUGGUUUCGUAGACCAGCGCCUUAUCCAUUGGGCCACAGAGUCAUUUGUU